AUGUGUUCGGGAGCCUGCUGGGAGGAGAGGCGAGGGGCUGGGGCCGGAGCUGCUGUGGGCUCGGGGGUUCGCCGCGGGGUUCUUCGGAGCCCAGCGGUAUCGGCGGGGUGGGGAGCCAGCGCCGUGUCCCCUUACCCAGGUAAUGCGUCGGGUUGGGUGUCAGAGCUGCUCCUCAGAGAUUGGUAUGUCUGCAACACAGAACAGUUGUCUGAAUCCCUUCAACCUAUUUUUGUCCAGAGUUACCUUGACCAAGGAACACAAAUCUUCUUAAACAACAGCAUUGAGAAAUCAGGCUGGCUGUUUAUCCAGCUCUAUCACUCUUUUGUGUCCUCAAUUUUUAGCCUCUUUAUGUCUAGAACAUCUAUCAAUGGGCUGCUGGGAAGGGGCUCAAUGUUUGUAUUUUCUCCAGAACAAUUUCAAAGACUGCUUAAAAUAAAUCCAGAAUGGAAAUCCCACAGGCUUCUUGAUUUAGGGGCUGGAGAUGGAGAAGUCACUAAAGUCAUGAGUCCUCAUUUUGAAGAAAUCUAUGCCACUGAAUUGUCUGAAACUAUGAUAUGGCAGCUUCAGAAGAAGAAAUACAGAGUGCUUGGUGUAAAUGAAUGGCAAAACACAGGAUUUCAGUAUGAUGUCAUCAGCUGUUUGAAUUUGCUGGAUCGUUGUGAUCAACCACUGACUGUACUAAAAGAUAUUAGAAGUGUACUGGAGCCAACUAGAGGCAGAGUCAUUCUUGCAUUAGUUCUGCCAUUUCACCCAUAUGUGGAAAAUGUAGGUGGCAAGUGGGAAAAGCCCUCAGAAGUUUUGGAAAUCAAAGGGCACACUUGGGAAGAACAGGUGAAUAGCCUGCCGGAAGUUUUCAGUAAAGCUGGUUUUGCCAUAGAGGCUUUCACCAGACUGCCAUACCUAUGUGAAGGUGAUAUGUAUAAUGACUACUAUGUACUAGAUGAUGCUGUCUUCGUCCUCAAGCCAGUGUAAGCGUGUAUGAAGUAAAUCUCAAGAAUCUAACCCAAGAAGCAGCCUCUGAAAGAGGAGUAUGAUUUACAGUUACUUAAAGGGAGGGAAUUCGGGAUUGCCGUGCUAAAUAAAUACCAUGUGAGAAGUUUAAAGGCCAAAAUACUAAUGUAUUUCUUUGUAGUGCGAUUAGGAGAAAAGUUGUUUUUUAAACAGACUCUUAAGUUGAGAUUGUCUUUUUUUACCAGCUCUUAAAUCAACAAUGCAUUCUUCAAUCCAGAAGUAAUGAGGGAUAUUUUUUUAUACAUACCUGCAAAAGGGGUCAGAUCCAAACUAAAGCAAUAGUUCUACUAAUGAUGAAACUGAUACAGUGUGAACUGUUGUUAAAGAAAUCAAGUGAAAUCUGGCAAUAAAGUUACCCAUUUCGUUCAAGCCUUGGUGAAUACAAACUGUUGAAAUGGACAUUCUUCCAUGCUAAGUUACUUCCUCUCUUACUGUCAUUCUUCACGUGUUUUUAAUCAUGCUAAUAAACUUUUUUUGAGAUUA